UUCGCUGCCGACCUCACAAUGCCUUUGCCAGACAUACCUUUGCUAAAGCAACCAAUCGCACUCCGUACGGAACUCAUAGCGCAAGCUCCAGAGACUUUGAUCGUCAAUCAGCACGACGGAGGACUCUCAGGCGCAGACUUUUCCAUCGUCCGCGCAUCCGAUCGCGCACUUCUCGUUGCAGUUGAUGGGAAACUGCUGUCAUGGACACAAAAACGGACUUUUCGCGAUGCAUCUGGGCUACCUCUGUUCGAUCUGUAUCGCAAAGCCAUGGGUGUGACUUGGUUUGUUGAGUUGCCUGAUGAACGAGGUGGGGAACCCAUCAUAACCAUUGCUCCUCGAACCAGUGUAUUUAAAGACAAACUGGACCUGUUUGUGCACAACGCCGCCAACCAAGGCGAAGUGGUGAACCUGGAAGUCCGCGGACAAGACAUUUGGAAGAUGAGAGUCAAUGUCUACCUUGGCGAUCAGGUAGUCAUGUCUUCGAAGCGGACUGAGAAGCUGGCUGGCUAUAUUCCUGGAAAGAGGCCCGAUUGGAAGGUGGACAUUGCUGAAGGUUUCGAUGCUUCUUUGCUGGGUCUUAUGUCUCAUGCAGNNGCUGCUGUAAUCAUGGUUGUUCUGGCUGCUACAUUAUACGACAGCAGUAUGAAGACGUCUUUGUCUGCUGGGACUGCUGGAGGAGGUAGUGGUUGCUAA